AUUGGUGAUGCGUGGGCCGCACUCGCUUAAAUGCUGCGCACACACCAGCCUACGGACAUGAUAAAAGAGGGAAACCUGAGGUCGCGAAACCUCUGAGAGGUUUAAACCUUUACAGAGAGGACCUUUACAGAGAGGACAGAGAAUGGACCAGAGCGGUGCUUUGUAACAUGAUGCUAACAAUAAAAUACGGCCUGGAAAAGGUAGAGCAAGUGAAAUUGCUAGACAGGUUCAGCACCAGCAAUAAGUCGCUAACGGGAACUCUGUACCUUACUGCAACUCAUCUCCUAUUCAUAGAUUCCAGCCAGAGAGAGACCUGGAUACUACAUCAUCACAUUGCUGCAGUGGAAAAACUUCCCUUGACCACUUCUGGCUGCCCCCUUGUGAUCCAGUGCAAGAACUUCAGGAUUGUUCAUUUUGUUGUUCCCAGGGAGAGAGACUGUCAUGACAUUUAUAAUUCUCUGCUUCAGCUGUCAAGAACAGCACAAUAUGAUGAGCUGUAUGCCUUCUCCUACAACCCAAAACAAAAUGCAUCUGAGCAAGUCAAAGGCUGGCAACUUAUUGAUCUAGCAGAAGAAUAUAAGAGGAUGGGAGUGCCAAAUGCUAACUGGCAGCUGACYGAUGCAAACCGUGAAUAUAAGAUUUGUGAAACUUAUCCUAAAGAACUUUAUGUUCCUAGAACUGCAAGCAAACCUAUAAUUGUUGGUAGCUCCAAGUUCAGAAGCAAAGGAAGAUUCCCRGUGUUGUCUUAUUAUCAUAAAGAUAAAGAGGCUGCAAUUUGCAGGUGCAGUCAACCUCUUUCAGGUUUCAGCGCGAGGUGCCUGGAAGAUGAGCACAUGUUGCAAGCAAUCAGUAAAGCAAAUCCUUCCAAUCGCUUCAUGUAYGUCAUGGACACCAGGCCAAAGCUUAAUGCAAUGGCAAACAGAGCUGCUGGGAAAGGCUAUGAAAAUGAAGACAACUACUCUAACAUUAGGUUCCAGUUUGUUGGAAUUGAAAAUAUUCAUGUAAUGAGAUCCAGCUUACAAAAACUGUUGGAAGUGAGUGGUACGAAGGGUUUGUCUGUCAACGACUUCUUGUCUGGUUUGGAGAGCUCUGGAUGGCUCCGUCACAUCAAAGCUGUCCUGGAUGCUGCCGUCUUCCUUGUCAAGGCAAUAGCAAUUGAAAGUGCUAGUGUGUUAGUGCACUGCUCAGAUGGCUGGGAUAGAACUUCCCAAGUUUGUUCCCUUGGAGCUCUCCUACUAGAUUCCUAUUACAGAACCAUUAAAGGCUUCAUGGUCUUGAUAGAGAAGGAUUGGAUUGCUUUUGGGCACAAAUUCUCUGACAGGUGYUGCCAGUUGGAUGGUGACCCAAAAGAAAUCUCACCAGUGUUCACGCAGUUCUUGGAAUGUGUGUGGAAUCUGAUGGAGCAAUUCCCUCAAGCCUUUGAGUACAAUGAAGCCUUCCUCCUUCAGAUCCAUGAGCACGUCCAUUCCUGUCAGUUUGGAAACUUCCUUGGAAACUGCCAGAAAGAGCGGGAAGAGCUAAAAUUUAAGGAAAAGACGUAUUCCUUGUGGCCAUUCCUUCUGGAUGAACAAAAGAAAUACCAGAAUCCUCUGUAUAAUCCAGAUUUUUCUCCAGAGCUAUCUCUUUUGGAGCCUAACACAGUGUCUUUCAACUUUAAGUUUUGGAGGAGCAUGUACCAUCAGUUUGAUCGAAGUCUGCAUCCCAGGCAAUCUGUAUUGGACCUUAUCAUGAACAUGAGCGAGGAAAAUAAACAACUGGAAAAAGACAUUAAAGAACUGGAAGCUAAAAUAAAGCGGAGAAGCGGCCAGGUAGAUGGAGUCCUCCUGAAGGAGCCUCUGCUGCCAGCCCCUCCGGCGCCCGUGUUGCUGAAAUCCCCUCCUUGCUUCAAGAAGGAGCCGCCGCUGGUGCCGGGGAGCGACUCCCUAAGAACCAUAGAGGGCAGCAGCAGCGCAGACAACCGCUACAGCGAGUUCAUGGAGGAGCUGGGCAAGGCCGAGCCCGCCCUGGUCAGCCUGGAGUACGGCGUGGCCCGCAUGACCUGCUGAUGGAGGCCGCCCCCAGGGCUCCUCUGCUCUAGACUGAAAUAAAAGAUGGGUUAUGGUGAGGAUGGGCCUGCGCUGCAUGACCAAAACCUCAUUUGUACAUUGGCGAGCGUUGUUAACGUAGGCUAGAGCAGCAUGCUCCGUGUCAAGUGUUUGCUGUUCUCUUAACAACAACAGACAAACAAGCGUAGCUGUAUUUUAAAAGAAGGGGCAUUUUUUUGUCAGUAGUCACUCAGAAGGGGUGAUGUGUCUUGGGACUUGCAUCAGUUUGCACUAAAAUGAGAAAGAUGGUAACAUUUCUUAUAAUAUUCAGUAUAGGAAAACACAGGUGGUCUUUCACAAGUUGAUUUUAUUUAGGCAGGAAAAUUUGCACUUUCUACUUAGGAACUGAAGCURCAUGUAUAUAUUGCAUCCAGUAUAAAUACAUAUACCCUCGUUUAAUGUCACCCACUACUAAAUUUCAGUGUAUGAAGUGCCAUGAAAAAGUAAGAUAUAUUUCAGAUCAUAACUAGCUGGCCUUAACCUAUUGAUUAGUAAUAUUUUUGUCCUUGACUACUGCAGCUUGUAACCAAGCUCGGUUUCUAUUGUACUUGCUCAGAUUUGAUCUUUGCUUAAAGCAGGACUGGUACUAGGGAAUGGAGCACACCUGAGCUGGUGCAGCAAAUAGCUGUAUAAAUGUUAACUUUAUCUUUUUCUCAAUUCCUUUAUUGCUUCACAUGUAAUAGAUCAGCUCUUGCUGUCUGGCUACUUACACCAGGUGAGCUUCAGCGAGGCUAUAAUUCAUGUGUGUGAUCUUAAGCUUUCAUCUUUACUGUUUUUACUCUUCAUGCUAAAGCACAUCAUUUAAAAGGGGGAGGACAGAAAAGCAUAGCCCAUAACUGAGCAGUGAGGUUCCCUUCAGACACUUUUCUGUGCGGUUGUUUGGUUCUGAGAACAUCAGAAGCAAAAGAUCUAGGAGUCAGAUACAAAAACGUUUCAUUCCUGUAUGAUGCUCAUGAGAAACCGAGUGCCUCAUACUAAAUUGCUGAUUGGAGGGGAAAAAAUCAAUUAUUAUUGAAGUCUCUCAUGUAAAACUCUYCUGGUUUGCACUUAAUUUCAGUAGAAACUGGAGAUUCUUCUAUAGCUUGAGAAAGGACAAGCUGCUUUUGGCAGGAUUCAGUAGAAAUGCUGGGACAUGAGAGAGUUCAUAGCAUCUAGGCUUAAUUCUGUGUCUAUAGGUUGUCUUGGUAAGGGAGAUGAUUUUGCCCAAGUUCCGUGGUAGACUUUCUGGCAGUGAGAUUUGAAAACAGAAUAGGGAGGUUAAAAUAUGAGUGCCUAGUCUUUAAGUAGGGGUAUAAAUUGCAAGUUAAGCAUGAGGAUCCCUAGGUAUGUUCUUAAAUUAAUGCUACUGGUUUUAUCUCUGGCUUUAAAUUAUUAUCAUUAUUAUUAUUCUUUUACAAGUGAAAUGACUUUAUUCUCAUUUUACUCCCUAUAGCCUGUUUUGUUAAAAAUGACAGGGCACCCCACUCUGCCUCAAAUUAGGCCAGGACUGUUAACAAGGCCGGUUGUAGGUCAUGGUCAGGUUGCACUUUUGAAACUGCCUGGGAGGAAUUCAAUAUAAACUUAGUGAGUUUUAACUGCCUGUUUCACUAAUUAAAUUUUUAAAGCCUAUAAAUGUGAAGUUUCAUAAAUCUUUUUAGUCCCAAAGAGAUGAGAGUAAAUGUCAUGUUUAAAAUACAUUUUCCAACCGUGUAAGCACRUUUAGAUUUGGGGUGGUUUUUUUUCCCGCUACAAGUUUUGACUGAAAUUCACAUUUGCACGUGUGGUGCCUUACAGAGUUGCAGCAAGAGAGGUUUCUGUGCCUUGUUAUUUGCUGUCUCCUUCCCCCUCCCUUACCUUCUGUAUCAGUUUGGUUCUGUGGGGUUUUCCUCUGCUAAACAUCUUGUGCAUUAAGCUCAYUGGGUUUUAUCACAAAUUUAUCACUGACAGCAUAGAUGUUAUCACUUGUUUGUCUUAAUAUUUAACUGCUCUGGUGUGCCAUGUACACUGUUUUCCAUAUUUAUUGUUUAGAGUUUAUGGAUUCAAAAGAUUAUAUGACGCUUUUUUGCAAGUAUUGUGGUAUGUGUGUUUUUCCUUUAAAGGCCUCACUGUGCAGGGGUGCUCAGUUCCUUAAAGAGAGGAUCUGUUCCUUUUCAAUAAUAWUAGUAUGUUUUAGUCUUCAAGCCCUUUUUAAUUGGAAAGCUUAAAAAAAAAUAGGAAUACUGUUCCAUUUUAAAUCAAGGUAGACAUCUUAAGCUGCCAUAAAAUGUCAUUAAAAACUAUCUGCUCAUGCACCAGAUGUAUUUCCUUGUCAAAAGCACUACAUUUGGUGGUUCAAAGCAAGUGUCUUGCCGCCGCAGUGAAUGGAGGGUGGUUUUGCAGAGCAGCCUUCUUGGGCAGCCCAGAGGCAGCGUCUCCUGCUCUGCUCUUCCCAGUGCCGCUCCGGGCAGCCGGGGCCAGGGCCGCUGUGGCGCGGGGAGCAGAGCCACCUCUCAUGGCGGAAAACUUCUGGGAGCAAAAGCCCUAACUCUUAUUUCACUUUGUGGCUUUCUUUACUCUUUAAACAUUUAAAAUUACAAUUUUGAAAGAUGCCCCUAACAGCUAGAACAGCGCCCAGACCUCCCUCCRUAUACAGCUGAGGCCUUAAAACUCUCGGUGCACUGACCAGUUGGUUGGACUAAAACACCCGCCCUGCUCUUAAGUUGCUGUAGUUAGUUCUGUUCCCUCUGUUGCAAGACUUUAUGGCACCUGUCAGUUCUKUGUUUCAUUCUGAGAAAUGUCUUUGGGUUUUAAGUUUUGUGCUGAGAUAUUUUUAAGUCUGAAUACUGUAGAAGAGAAACUGCUCUCCUUAGUUAACAAAGCUUAGUCUUACCUGAGCAACUAAAACUGCUUUCACUUUGCCCUCCAGGCAGUAUUAAAUGCUUAUUUCAGAGCGUGCUGGCAGUGGAGAAGUUGAGCUUAUUUGGGGGAAAUUAGUUAGUGGUUUUGGUGCUGUCCUCUUUAAUGCAAGGUUAAAUAUCCAGCCGUCCUGUUCACUAGGACAGCUGCCAAAUUAACAGACUAAGAAAUUAAUUAAGCAACAGUGAGCUGAGCCUGUGCGUUUUCCACACAUGUCCAAUUACUAGUGACCUAAAUCUAGCGCAAAAGCCUGAAGUCCAGCGGCUCCAUUAGAGAUGUGGAGCAGGAGUCUAUCCAUAGAACUGCCCAUUCCUAUAUUUUUACGUAGAGCAGAUAUCCUAUGUCCCAAUGUAAUGUUGAUUUAGAAGGAAAGUGAUCGCAGUGCCAAACUGCAGUGGUUCAGUGGUACGUUAMAAAUUCAGAGCCUAGAGGUUGGACUUGCACGCUCUGUAUUUAGCUGCUGGUAGUUCCAAACCUGAGGCAGAUCGUGGGCUGGGUAGCAGCCGUGAGACUAUUUUAACCUUCAGGGUUAGAUCUUCAGAUUUGACUGGGGGCUGCCUUGACUCGCUUCUAGUGUUUGUGCUGCUGUCUCCUCUAGGUGUGGCUUAUCGUGGUGCCUGGUACCUGACUUUCAGAUAUAAUAGGCUUUGGGUUUUCCCCAAACAGGGAAAUAUUGUGGGCUUCUUCCCCUGUUCUGAAGGCUUGGAUCAGCCUGGGAGGACGUUGAGCGUGUCUCUGCUUGACCUAGUUAGCUCGCUAGGUCUACAUAUUGAAGAGCAUCAAAAACUAAAGCAGCGUCAUAACCGAAUGGUGCAAUUUCCAUAUGUGCAAUAGGCAAAAGAAAAGGUGUAGUCAGGACCCUUGCCACAGGAUGYGGCAAGGAACAGGGCUCUGCUGGGAUGCAACCCAAAAGAAGCAGAAGCAGCAGAGCUAUUUCGAUGUCCAGCAGCAGCCUGGGGACUGGAGGUGGGAGGUCAGAAUCCAGUUUUUCUGAGAUCAGUUUCCAGGUGCCAGAGAUUUCAAAGAGCUGUCUGAUUAAACGCUUGGACUUGAGCAAUUCUACAUUGACAAUAAACAAAAUUUUUUAAAAAGAUUUUUUUUAUCCCUUCCGUUGUACUAGCUUCAAAUAAUGAAUGUGCCGGUGGUGACAUUGAAGGCAGGGUGCAAUAUCUUUCAUCUCAUUUAUAGUUUAACUCUUGAGGUCAGUUAUGUACUGUUUSUAAUUAAAGUGGAUUAUAGUUUUGACAUGUACUGUAAAAGUCUGUCAUCUUAAUGACAAGGCUGGCACGCACAUCUCUUGUAUCUCUGUAUAGAUCUUUACUGAAAACCUUCCUUGUAAAGUUUUUCCAGUCCUUCCUUAUAGUUACAUUCCUGUUUACUUAGCAUUACCUUUAGACCUGGAUCGGAUUGCUAGAUUUGUCUGAUUGUUGCUCUUCCUAUAGCUCAUCUUUACAGCUGUCUGCCAGUAAUGCCCCUUGGCAAGCGACUUUCCAUCAAAGAAAACAGAUUUGUCCUUUCUAURGCUCUCAGGGAUUUCUGCCCCUGAAUUAGAGAACUUGAAGAAUACU